AUGCCUCCAGUGGCUGGGAGCCACAUGAGGCAAGGGCUUGAUGUUGAUGAUGCCGAAGUAGUGUGGCCAGAAUCGGCAAGGGAGAAGAUAGUGGAGAAGAACUGGCGAUCAAUAUUUCAAGUCCAUUUGGAUGAUGUCGAGAAGUACGGCUUGGAGUACUGCAUCUACUUCCAUACUCUGCGUGUUCUUUGCGGCAUGUUUUUUGUUCUCGCAUUGCUGGCCACUCCAGCGCUACUUUUCUGUCUACAAGGGAACAGCUUCGUGCAUGACGACUUGCUCAGCCACUUGGCGCGACUAACGCUUGGCAACGUGUCGCCCACGACAAUGCUGAAUGCAGGCCCAUUCAACUUGGUGCUGGCGGACGUUGCCGAUCCGCGAGCUGUCGGUUUUGGCCUUCUCUUGGCAUUGCAACUUGCAAUUCCACCGCUGGCACUCAGUAUACUGAGCCUUUGGUCUUGGCCACGUUUGGCGAGCCAUGCCGACCUUGCACUGGAGCCCUCGGCUGCUGACUACGCUCUACGGGUGGAUGGCCUGCCAAGUCAGCUGGAGCUGAAUGGGCGGACCUUGGAAGCCGAGUUGCUCUCCCACUUCGAAGCCGUGCUCCGUGAACGUGGUGCUGAUGGACUGUGCUGCGAUGUGGCCUUGCGACGAAAUUUCCGUGGAGCUUUGCAAGCUGCCUUGGAUAUGCAGGCGUGGGAGCACAAAGCUGCGGCUACCGUGCGCCAGACCCCUGGCAGCCGCAAGGCCCGGCAUGCUUUGAGCCGUCGAGAAGCGGCUGCUCGGCGAGUGGCACUUCAUCGCCGUGAUGAAGCUGAGCGACCAGUAUGUAGUGCUUUCGUGGUAUUGGGCAGCGAGGAGGAGCGAGACUGGCUGCUGAAGCGGUAUCGAUUCGCGCAGUUUUCAAUCUUUCGGCCGUUGCAGCCGCGGAACUUGAGGUUGCAACGCAGAUGGCCCUUGAGCCUUUCUGCUGCUCCGGAGCCAUCAGACAUAGUUUGGACCAACUUCUCUGACGCAAGGAUCUUGGGGCCUGCAGCAUUGCCCUGGCAGUGCGUGGUUCGAGUUUCCACGGUUGCCUUCUUGCUGGUCAUGUUCGGACUGGGAUCCGGAGGUUGUCUGCUAAUAUUCCUGGCCACACUGGGGGUCCCUGGUGAGGCAGCGAUGCAGUGUGGCAUUUGGUCGCUGCAAGACCCCAGCUUUGCAGCUUGGAACUCUGCCUGCAAUUGCCUCUGUGCUUGCGAGCACGUGAAAGCUCGCCUGCUAGAUACAUCACAGUGUGCCCUAAAUGACGUCGAGUCUUCGCUGGCAGUGCUGGCGUGUAUUGUCCUCGUGGAGAUGUUGCAAGCCAUUUCAUGCUGGGGAUUGGGAUGGCUGAUGUCGUUCUGGAAGUUCAAUUGUGCUUCGCAGCUCGAGGCUAGCAAGGUGCUCCUCACAGCUGUUGCGCAGGCUUGCGUGCCUCUGUCUCCCGCAUGCAGUUUGUUUGCUCUGAAGUGGCUUUGGCAACACCAGGUGUUGACAACUCAGAUCAGUGCAUUUGCAGCCGAAGCUCAACUGCAGCAACUCGACUUGGCCUUCUACAUCUAUGCCAUCCCGAUCAUAUGUACUUGGUGCCUUCUGCGAUGGCUGGUUAUCAUACCGGAGGCAUUUCGAAUCUGCAGAAGGUCCCAUGCCACCAGCUUUAUGCUUUGGAAGCAUUAUGCCUCCGUUGUGGCAGUUGUCUCUGUAACGAUUGCCUGUCAGCCAUUGGCACCCUGCCUCGCAUGCAUAGCUUGGGUGGGAAUGCUGAUUUGGUAUUGCGCCAUAAAGUCCAUCAUUGUCCGAGGUGUUGUGACUGUUCGCUACGGCAUGCCAGUCAGGCUUGCACUGCGUACAGCACAGCGAAUCGCCGCCAUGCUGUGGGCAGCGAGUUUCAUAGGCUGCUGCCUUGCGACUUGGGCCCUCCAGCAGCCUGACACGCACGGAGUGGAGGGCCUUCUGGGCCCGGCUCUUCCUAGCAUGGUGUUAGCGACCAUCCUGCUAGCGCUGCCUUGUCUUCUGUGGCUUUCUCGACGUCUGCUCUGGCUACUCUGUGGCAUGGGCUCUCCCCCCGGAACAUGGCGGCCUCUUAUCCGAAAUCUCCGAAAUCCAAGACCAAAUGAGGGCAGCGCAGGCAGUUGGUGGAGCUGGCGGACCCAGAAGACCCCUCCACGCAUCAACUUCCAUGAAGCUUGGCUCAUCAUGCGUCACCGGGCCAUCUUGUCAACCUACAGCCUGUCUGAUCAUCCAGAGUACCAGCAGCUUCUGAAGCUGCUCAUGCCCGAACGAGCUCUGGUUCAAAUGGAGAGCCCGAAGGAAGCAUCAUUGACAGGUUAUCUGGGGCGGAGCAUCGACAUGACCUGCAGCCGGGCCGUCGUCCAGGAAUCUGCUCCUCGCAGAGCUCCGCUCCCACCUUAA